AAAAAAAACCUGAUCCUUCAGAAAAUUUAAAAUUCUGAGGUGCAGCAUGGUAAGUUAGAUUGAAAUGGUAACAUUUCAUGUACACUGUAAGUAAGAUUGAAAAUAUCUCAGAAACAGUGCAGAAGUAGUGUGCAAGUCUUUCUAAAGUUAAUUUGUUAGUAGGAGAAAAUUCCAAAUAAAAUCUGCUAAAAUUUUAAGGCCUAGGGAUGGAUUGCAUGCUGUAUAAAAAGAAGUCUGUAAUUUGAUGUAAAGUGACAUGAAGUCUGUUAAAUGAAAAAUUUCAAGUGAAAUGAAGUACUAUAAGCAUAUAUGCUGGAAAAUCAUUUUCCCUGAUGGUAACAAAGGAUAUGUUUUCACAGUGCAGUUGUGCUGCUUCAUUUUCUUUUUUCCCUUCUUCUGUCUAUGCUGUUUACUCACCUGUUGGCAUUACUGCUGUUGUACUUGUUCAGCUGAGUCAAAUCUCUAACAAAAUAAAAGGGUGUCCCUUUUUUGUUGUCUGUUUUUGAAAUGUUAAUGUGAUUUUGCUCCUUGAGCAUGUGUGUGACCAUACUUUGAAACCAGCGUACCGGAGAUAACAGGACACGGAGAGGAGGAUCAGUGGAAAAAACAUUGGAAGCAAAAGCAAGACUUUUUGGCAGUGUCAUAGCGUUCUUCCAGUUUUGUGCUUAAUCAUGUUCCACACCAUUACGUGGUGACCUGAGCUUUUUUCAUCACGUUCUCUCUUCUGUUUAAUGUUGAAUGGGAAUUAUUUACAAGUUGCUGCCAAAAUUGGAUGGAUUUUAGUGGAUUCUGAAGUAUGACAUCAUGGCAAGAUUUCGCAGAAGAACAUGCAUCAUUUUGUUGCUUUUUAUUUUGUUUAUUUGCUCCAUAAUGAUGGCUUUGAAGACUCUGAGACCUGACAGAGCUGGCUUUGGGGACCCAUUUGGACUUGGUUUAUUACCUGAGCUUCAACAACGGACAGAGCUCUUAGAGAGUAAACAAAGUUCACUGAAUAGGGUUCAAGGAGAUACUGUAACACAGAUCAGUAACAUGCAUGCUGGUGUGGUCAAUACGAUGAAAGCAUCCAUGCCUCCUGUGAACAAGUUGGAAGGAGAUCUGUCUUCUCCUAAUUAUAACUUCCAUAUAUUCUAUUAUAGCUGGUUUGGGAAUCCACAGUUUGAUGGUAAAUACAUUCACUGGAACCAUCCUUUGUUGCCACAUUGGGACCCCAAAAUUGCAAACAAUUAUCCAAAGGGAAGGCAUAAUCCUCCUGAGGACAUUGCAGCCAAUUUUUAUCCUGAACUUGGAUCUUACAGUUCCAAAGAUACUUCUGUCAUAGAAGCUCACAUGAAACAAAUGCUUUCAGCUUCAAUUGGUGUAAUAGCACUUUCGUGGUACCCACCAGGUAUGGCUGAUGAAAACGGAGAACCAACUGAUGAUUUGGUGCCUAUUAUUUUGGAUUAUGCAAGCAAAUACAAUCUAAAGGUCACUUUUCAUAUUGAGCCCUACAAAGAUAGAGAUGAUCGCAGUAUGUACCACAGUGUCAAAUACAUCAUUGACAAAUAUGGAGCCCACCCAGCCUUUUACAGGCAUAAGACCAGCACAGGCAGAUCUCUUCCUAUGUUUUAUGUUUAUGAUUCUUACGUAACAAUUCCUGAAAUAUGGGCGAAUCUGUUAACUGUAUCUGGAUCCCAGACUAUUCGAAAUACUCCAUACGAUGCGUUAUUCAUUGCUCUUCUUGUAGAAGAAAGGCAUAAGCAUGAUAUUCACAGAAGUGGCUUUGAUGGAAUGUACACAUACUUUGCUACAAAUGGGUUCUCUUAUGGCUCAUCUCAUCAUAAUUGGGCAAGUUUAAAAGCCUUUUGUGACAGCAACAACUUAAUGUUUAUUCCAAGUGUAGGACCAGGAUAUAUCGACACGAGUAUCCGACCAUGGAACAACCACAACACACGUAAUCGUGUCAAUGGAAAAUACUAUGAGACUGCCUUUAAUGCAGCCCUUUUGGUGAGACCAGAAAUUAUUUCCAUUACAUCUUUCAACGAAUGGCACGAGGGUACUCAGAUUGAAAAAGCUGUCCCCAAAAAGACUGGACAAAUAGUUUACCUUGAUUAUAAGCCCCAUAAACCAAAUGUUUAUCUAGAGCUCACUCAGAAGUGGUCUGAGAAGUACAGAAAAGAAAAGGAGCAGUGGCUUAUGUGAGCUAUUUCUACUGCAGUUGUUUCUUAGCAUAUUGAAUACAGUAAGAAAGAAAUUGAGAGCUGAAGACUCUGUUAUGAAAUGCCUUUAUUAUCGGUAUGUUUAAAUCAUUAUAUCGCAUUAAUGUAAAUGCACUACUACUAAAUUUUGAAGAGUAAAAAGUGUGAGAAUAUUUUCAUCUCAUUCAUUACUGUAGUUCAAGAAUGCUUUAUUUUAAUUAGUAAUUUGCAUGCUAAGCUUCAAGAACAUCUGCAUGGGAUAACUACAUGACUGAAGUAGUACAAAAAUUUGACAGAUACUUGUAUACUUUAUUCAUGUACUUCUGUUUCUAAUCUAAGUGAUCCUUUAAGCUAAAUUUGAUCUUGAUAGCUUGCUUUUUGCAGGGUGCAUGUCAGUAGCGUGCGUAAACUACAGCUACUGUUUUUACGCUUUGCACAUUGGGAGUUCUUGAUUGUAUGAUUAUCUUGUGGUAAGAACACUGUAUGUAUGUCUCAUUGUAUGUGUGCAACAUUGGUGAGUUUUUGUUUAUUUCAUUUUUAAAUAUAUAUCUCUGAAAGAUUGAGUUCCAAAGAACUACUGAAAUAUUUCUAGUUUACUCAUAUUUGUUCUGUUCAGUACAUGCUGCAUACUUUUGCACGUUACUGGAAUGCUGACAAGUUUACAUAGUUUUUCUGUGUCUGAAUUUUAUUUAAAAAAAAAAAUCCAACAACUAGAAAACAUAACAACAAAAAAUCCUGAAAUUUGAGAGCGGGAAAAAAAUUCUAAAAAUAUAGGGGGGAAAAAAAAAACCAACUAUAGUUAUACAUGGUUUGUUGACUGCAGACACAGAUUUAGUUUUUAAAAACAUCAGAGAUUCUAAAGCUAAUAUUUUGCUAGUCAUACAAUAAAUAAUAAUCUUAAAUUCUGCUUUUUCAUUUAUAAUUUUUGGAGCAAUGUAAUCUAGUAGCAGUGACAUCAACUACUCAUCACUUUUACUUGAAAUCAGAUUUCUAUUUUCAUGUAUUUCCAAGAUCCAGAACAAUAGAUACUAAGGUCGUGUUAGUGUUCAAGUAAGCUGCUCAACACUACUUUUAACAAUAUGGUGUGCCUGGAAAUUAGUUAUUUUUAGAUCUGAGAGUCUCACCUUUCCAGUGUAGUGACUACUAUUUGUUUUUCUUACUGAAGCUUGAAAAUGUCAAAUUGCAUGGAUAUGUCUCCUCAAGAAUCCAUUUCUGGAAGGGGAGUUUUUUGCGGGAAGGGGACAUGGACUUUUUCAUACAACUUUACAGGAAAACAGUAGACAUUAAAUUAUUGCAGUAUAUGUCAAGUGUUUAAUCUGUAACAAAGUGGUUUUAAAAAACAACUGAUCUUGCUUUGUAGUUAAUAUAUUGUAACUGUUGUAACCACUAGAAUCCUCUCAAUUUCAACAGGGUUUAUUGUAAUUAUUCAUACUUCUUCCUUGGUUAAUUGUAGUGCUCUGUCCAUGAAGUUGUGAGGCAGAUGUGGGGAUUUGUGGUUAAGAAAGAAGAUGACAUACUUUUUUCUUUUUUUUGUUUACUUUUCUUUCCAAAAACUUGAGUUGUUCCAAAUAAACAUAAGUUACUGUGUGGGUUGUUCUGAAAGUAAUGUCUCCUAUUUGUUUCCAUGGACAGUACAACAGAUGCAAAGAGCGCAGUAUUUAUCAGAGUAAAUUCUCAGCUAAAAAGACCAUUUUUCAGCAUUGUCACCACUAUCAGCUA